AUGGAGGGCAAAAAUUUCGAUUCUAAGAAUCAGGUGCAAGUUGUAGAAGAUUUAUCCGCUAGGGUUUCUCGUUUAUCCCCUUCUGAUCACAUAUCCAAUUCAUAUUCUCCUAUGGAGGAUGAAGUGGAUGGUGAUUUGAGGAAUCAUAAUCAUGUUACUAAAGAGAAUUGUGAUUCUCUGUCUUCUGUUAGCACUGAGGAGAAUAGUAUGAAUUUAUCUAGAUUAUAUCCUGAGUUACCUGAAGAAUCAUUGGAAAGGAAUGAAGAGGAUAUGGAGGCUUUAGCUGGUAUUCAGAAUCAGAGAAAGUAUUUUUAUUAUGAUGCUCCUCUGAAUGAAGAUACUGGUGUCUGGAUACCGGUUUCGGUUCCGCCUAUGAUGGAAGAUGAUCAUAAAGAGUGGACGAAAGGUUUUCACUCGAGUGGAGGGUUUUUUCCUGAGGAUGAUAUGGGAUGGAAUCAGUAUGUUGGAGGAGAUAAGGAAUUGACUAUGUGGGAAGUGUUGGUAGAGAUUUUACUUGUUGCUAGAGGGAAAGUGUCGUCUUUGGCGUCAGGAGAUAUUCAUACGUACAGCUUUUCGUGGCUAUCGAGUCAUGUACUUGAACAAGCUUGGAGAGAGAUGGCACAAACACUCACGGAGACUAGUUUUGGUAAUGUGAAGGAGUUAAUAGAAGCAGAGCCUCCUAAAUGGUUGGCGGAUAGUGCUGCGGCUUCUUGUAUGCUUUGUGGUGUGAGGUUUCACCCAAUUAUGUGUUCAAGGCAUCACUGCCGGUUUUGUGGAGGAAUAUUUUGUGGCGAGUGUUCUAAAGGACGGAGCUUGAUGCCAUCAAAGUUCCGAGUUUCUGACCCCCAAAGAGUCUGCGAUGUAUGUUUUGUCCGAGUUGAGUCUAUACAGCCUUAUUUGAUGGAUCAUGUAAGUAAUGCUUCUCAGUUACCAACCCACGAUCUUACAGAUCUAAGUACUUUGAGAUCAUGGGUUAAUUUUCCAUGGGGGCAGACUAUGGAAUAUGAAAUUUACAAGGCAACUAACACUAUCAAGUCUUAUAAUCAGAUAGGUUUAUUAAAGCCCGAUAAGACAAUUCCAGAUGUCAUUCUUAGGCAAGCAAAAGGUCUAGCAAUAAUCACUGUGGCCAAAGUUGGAGUGAUGGUUACUUAUAAUAUUGGAACAGGAAUUGUGGUUGCGCGUAGGGAAGAUGGUUCAUGGUCCCCACCAUCUGCUGUUUCGACAUUUGGAAUGGGGUGGGGGGCUCAGGCUGGAGGGGAGCUAACGGACCUCAUUAUUGUUCUGAGAACAAAUGAUGCUGUCAAGAUGUUUAGUGGUAAUGCUCAUCUUUCACUUGGAGCUGGUUUAAGUGCUGCUGUUGGCGUUGUUGGAAGGGCAGUUGAAGCUGAUGUUCGAGCUGGUGAUGGCGGCUAUGCUGCUUGUUAUACAUACAGCUGCAGUAAAGGUGCAUUUGUUGGUUGUUCACUUGAAGGAAGUAUUGUCACCACUCGCACCCAAGAAAAUUGUCGUUUUUAUGGCAGCCAGUCUUUAUCUGCUACAGAUAUACUUCUUGGCUCCCUGCCUAGGCCACCUGCUGCUGCUAUUCUCUACCGAGCUCUUGCAGAUUUAUAUUUGAAGAUUGACGGAUACUGA